GCAAAAAGUCACGCAAUGCCUCUUGCAAUCUGCUUUCCUUCUCCCUACAUAAAUGCUCUCUGGUCUCUCUGCAGCCUCUCUUCCUGCCAUUUGGAUUCCGAAGGACUCAUCCAUUUGGCGAGAACUGUGUCCAGGUGUCCACAAAUAGAGGAAAUCAACUUGUCAGAAAACAACAUUGGGCAUAAAGGUGUGAUGUCCCUUAUGACACCAUGGCCACAAUCUUCACAACUCAAGAAGAUUGAACUGAAGGCCUGUGAUAUCACUGACGUUGCUUCCAAAACUCUCAUUGUUGGACUCAGCUGCUGCCCUUUCCUUGAAGAGAUUGUCUUGUCUUGGAAUAAACUGGGCGAUGAAACUGCUGAAGAACUCGCCGUGGCUCUCCCUGGGAUGAUAAGGAUGAAGAUCCUAGAUCUGGACAACAACCGUAUCACAGCUUAUGGUGCUUCCAAAUUAGCAAACCAGCUUCCUCGAUGUCAUGGAAUCCAGAAUAUACGGCUGUGGCGCAAUUGGAUCCCGAAGGACGUUGAGCAGGAGCUGGCGGAACAAGAGCCACGGCUGCAUUUUGCCUUCUUUUGAGAAGGGGGAAAAUGAAGAGAGACUUGCUGCUUCAAGGGAGAUUUGCUAGUCUUCAGAGUUCUUUAGACCCACAACAGCAAGGAGGAGCAGUUUCUUGGACCUCGUUCAAGAAGGCCUUUUUCCAGUCCAUAAACGGGGCCAAGUCGUCCUUAGCUGUACUGGUGUUAAAGUGGCCUUUUCCGCUUUAUUCCAAUGACGGCCCCAAGAUACGUCCGAUCUGGAAGGCUGGGUCACUGUUUCUCUGGAGGAAAGCCGGGGAAGUGCAGGGCCUGGGAACAGAGGCAGUUGGGGCAAGAGAGGCACCAGCAAUGGGGAAUUCGGGGCCCGCUCGUCAGUUGGGAAAGGCCCGAGGUCUACAAAACUGGAUUUCAGCUUCUUGUACUAUCUUUGCCACACUGGAUGAUGUACAUUUAUUUUGCACUAAUGAACUCAGAAUCCUCUGAAGAAAACAUGCAUGGAAGCAAACAGUGGAUUCUGCAAUAGGUGUGAAAAUAUUUGUAUGUAUUUAUUUAUUCUGUCAUAAUUUACUUUACUUUUGCUACUGUUGAAGGAAGUCAGCCUUCACGGUCUUUGCCAGAGAUGCCCACUAGAUGGUGCUGUGCCCUUAAGCAGUCGCUGUUGUCUGUGGGGUAAAGGAUGAAGGUGGUCUGAAUUCUACGAAUUAAGGGACAUGGACACCUUUAUCAGCGAAACCAAGGCUUUAUUCAAGGAGGCAGGUAGAGAUUGGUGCUCCGAUGAAGCAGAAUUAGGUGGCGCAGCCGGGAGAUAGGAAGAAAGAAAAAGAUCCAAGUGCAGACCAGCUGGGGUUCAGCACGUGUAAGGAAGUUCACCUUGACGAAGAUACACAAGAACUGUUUCCUAGGCAAAAGGGCUGAAACAUUUUUUUAAGUCCAGAAUGUCCAGAUAACCUUCAGAAGUGCACUGAUGAUAUUAACCUAGUUAGGCAAUGGAACGUCAGCAAACAAACCACCAAGCUCAGAGAGCACCAAGGACUCCCCAGUUCAGCUCUGAGCAAGAGAUUUGUUUCUCUUGGAAGUGGUUCAGACAGACACCUCCCCAAUUCACUGAAGGAUGAGGAGGAGGAAGAGGUUCAGCACAAUCAGACUCUGUUUGAUUCUGUUGUUCUAGCCAGUCUCAAUAAAAGCAGUUUUAGUCUUCCUGUGAGUUGAUUCCUGAUCUGGUCUACCUAGUGGGAUGGACGGUGUCUGAGCAUAUGGAGGACCCUUCGUGCCCCAUCAGUUCGGAUCCGUGGGAACAACCGAACUGAGCAAACAGUUUUCAGGACUAUCCCAGUAAGUCAGGUCUACAGUAAGGCGUGAUUCACACCUUAUGCUAAGCCAUAAUAUGGAUUGCUCUUGGCUUACUGUGUCGUGCAAAGUUAAUGAGAAAUUAUUUUUUUAGAAAACGUAUUAGAAAAUUAAACCAAGUCUCAGUAUUGCAUGUGAAUCCCGACCUCUGAGCAUGCCAUGUGGGCGCCCCGUCUGAGCCACAGAAAUUGGGGGUGAAGCACCAUCUCCAGUUUCUAGCCAGUCAUAUUGCAUUAAAUGAUGAUAAUGAUGGCACUGAGAAUGAUGAUAAUGGGGCUACCAGUUUUGGGCUUCCAAAAAUGGCAGGACCACUAGAUGGCAGCAAAGAGACGUAGAACCCUCCAGCUAUUUAUUUGCUGCCACGUAGUGGUUCUGUGGAGCGUUGCAAGCUCUAGGCCUUGAAGCAGUCAACUCUUACCCCAUGAGGGCAUAUUCCCAUAAGAUAAAAUCUCUAACUGCAAUCUGCCUGCAAAAGAGAAAGUGCGAUGACCAUUAAAUGGGCAGUGGCUGUCAAUAGUUUCUCCUCUACUUCCUGGUUUAAAGGCAGAUUCAGAAGCUUGCACGCUUCACAUUCCUACGAAAAGUGUGCAGAUGGGGGGAUGACCCAUGGCCCCACACUAGUCUCUCCCCCCACUCCUGUUGUGUUGAGGAAGGUGAAGAUCUGGAUGAUAUUUGCAAGUGGCAUAUGGAGAGGCUUUGCUCUCACAUAUCCUGGCUGGGUUGGCACUUCCCAAGCUAUGGUUUGUUUCACCACCUUUUCUUAACUGGCUUCAUUCAUGCUAAAAUAAAGGCGAACAGAAAUCCAUGCACUAAACCAAGAAAAUGAAAAUGAAAAGUGAGGUGCUAAUAGACUCUGUUGCAAAAUCUCAGUCCCAAUUCAUUUUAAAUUUACUGGGACUCGCCAGAUGUACGUAGCCAGAUUUUAUUCGAUGGGAUUCCAACUCUCCCUACAGAUGUGGUAGAAGCCAUGAGACAUGAUGUAAUAUUGCAUUCUGUAUCUCUCUGAAGGGAAGAUGGGCAAUAUGAUACCCUUCUGAUCAAUGUAAUUCAAAUAAAUCCCCCCUUCUUUGAUGAAUGAUAGAAAUGCCAUCUUUACCCUGCAAACAUCAGUGUAAUCACUAUAAGCAAAACACACAAAAAUAACACAUUAACUAUUAUAAAAGAAUAUGGGCUGUAGGUAAAAAAAAAAUGCAAUACUCCCAAAAUAGAGCAAAAGAACCUACAGUAAUUUUUUUGAUACUAAUGAGCAACUUGGUGAACCCUGAUUUAUUCAGCUUGGAGGGUGUUCACACACACACACUUGUGCAAGCUGGGAAACGAAGGGGGGGAAAUCUGAACACUCAAGGGAUCGAAAGUGACUCUGUGAUCUCAUAAAUGGCACCUCAGCCCACGAGGCAAGAUCUUUGGAAAGAAAUGCUUCAAAUCCUUCAAAAAGACUCCAACUUAAUUCACUCACGUAAAGGAGGCUGAUAUUCCUCUUAUAAUUUCCAAGGGUCUGUUUUUACCCCAAUCCAAGACCAAGCUCGCAGAGAACUGAAGAGGAACGGCAUCUUUUCCCGUGCACGUGCUCAUUGAGGGAUGUGUGUGUGAUUAAUAUUUGACACUUCCCCAUAUGGCAGUAACCGUAAAUUUUCCAGGUCACCAUUCCCACAUGGCAUGGUAGCCAACAGGUUUGCUGCCUGCUUAACUUUGCCAUCUGGGGUAUGAUAACAUAUGCUUGGAACACUAAGCUUCAGCAAACAAACCUGUGUGUGGAUCCAGGUUAUCCGAACUAAUGUGUCAUUCAUGGAAUCUUUUCUGUCUCAAAAACACAUUUACUCCUCCAGUGAAAAAUCUAACCAUAACUUGUGUGUUUCUGUAUCUAUUUCCUAUGCUCGAUAUUGUGUCUGCAAA